UGUAGGUUGUAGUUAAUCUUCCGACCACUAGAUGGAGACGUUUGCGUUUACAGAUUCAAAGAGAAAAAACAAAAUGGAGAUCCCCGGACAUGGAAGGUCCGCGGGUUUGCUGUCUUCUGUUAUUCUGCAGCUGCUGCUCUACCUGACCGGCGUUUACUUUGUCUUCUACUUCCUCUUUACUCUCGGAUUGCUGAUCAAAAAGAGCUUGAUGCUGUCGUAUCCUACUGACGCUCUGGUCUGUGAUGUUUGUCUGCUGCUCCUCCUGGCUGCUCUGGAGCUUCUCCAUUUCUUCUGUGGUGUUAAAGGUAACCUAAUGGAAAGCAAAAGCUACAUCCUGGGUAACCUCGUUGUUACGGCUCCAACUAUAUUGUUGACGGUCUAUUUCCUGGUGUGGCAGUCCUACGUGAUGUUCAUAGACCAAAUCAUCAGCAGCAUCUUAGUGGUUGUCUACGGCUUAGAUGGAGUGCUGGUUUUAACCAGACUUGCAAGUGUCUACUCAUGAAGAAGUUAUUCAUCAUCUUGUUUGGUACAACUGAACUUGCUGAUUUUCUACAUGUUUUUACUAUUAAAAAAAAGACAUCAAAAUAUAUUUUUACCAGUUUUGUCCAGUAGAGGGUAGAAUUGUUUUAAUAAUAAAUAUGAAGUGGAACCAAAACUGACUGAAAUGUGCUUCAACCCUUUGACUUCCUCUAUAAGAACAAAAGCGAUGCAAGAAUUCCUCUUUAA